GGAGGCAGGGAAGGAGAGGCUGGGAGAGAGGGAGAUAAGAGGAGGGAGAGGGCCAUCACAAAUAAAUACCCGGCACCUUCCUUUGUCUCUCUCACCCUUGCUGUCUCUACCACAAUGCUGCGGCUGUGCAUCCUCGCUGUGUCUCUCUCCUUGGCUGUGGCGGUGCCUUACAUCCCUCUGCUGGGUGCUAAGGAGCUUCCCAGCCUGCCUAGGAUCGUUGGGGGAGAAGAUGCCACCCCUGGAGAGUUCCCGUACCAGGUGUCCAUUCAGAAGCAGGGUCUGUUCGGCCGCUCUCACAUGUGCGGUGCUUCUGUCUUGAACGAUCACCAUGUCUUGACAGCUGCCCACUGCCUGAAGGGAGCAAACACCAACUCUCUGUACGUGGUUAUGGGAGAGUAUGACCUUGGCAAGAACUCUGGAGACGAGCAGGUCAUCGUUGCCGGGGAGUUGGUGAUCCAUGAGCAUUACGACGCCGCCACCUACACCAACGAUGUGGGAAUCAUCCGCGUGGUGCCUUCUAUCACCUUCAACGAUAAGGUGACGGCCGUGGACCUUCCUGCAGAGAUGGGGCUGGUCGAGGCGGGAACAGAGUGCGUCACUACAGGUUGGGGCGCGACUGAGGAGGGCGGCUCGUCGUCUGACAUACUGAAGAAGGUGACAGUGCCCGUGGUGAGUGACACUGACUGCCGCGCGUCCUACGGCAUUACUGACAUCGCUGACCACAUGCUCUGCGCCGGCGUGCCUGAGGGAGGGAAGGACGCCUGCCAGGGAGACUCCGGCGGCCCCUUCGUCUGCGGGGGUGUCCAGCACGGAAUCACCUCCUGGGGCUACGGCUGCGCGCGCCCUGACUACCCUGGCGUGUACACAGAAGUCGCCUACUUCGUUGACUGGAUUAACCGCCACUCGGCGUGAGGCGUGUGAGCUGCGGCGACGUGUGGCGGGCAGGGAGACACCGCGCCCGUAUGUUUGGACUGCGCGAGGGGGAGGCAAACACACCAAUUCUCCUCCUGGUGAAAGAUAAAUGAUGAAGUGAUUUUUUUUCUCUUCGAUCACUCAAGAAAUAAAUAUACACAUGA